CACAGGAGGGAGACAUACACGAUGUGGGGAGAAGGACAAAUAGGAAGUUCUUCGGUGCCAGCUCAGUAUCCAUUGACUUCAUAGCUCUGGGUGCAGACAUCCUGAGUUCAAACCCGUGUAUCCUCUGCAAGUUGCUUAACCCCUCUGAGCUUCAGUUUCCUCAACUGUAAAAUGAGGAGAAUAAAAGAGCCUACUUCCUAGGAUUGCUGCGGAGUUUAAAUGAGAAAAUACAGGUUGGGUGUUCAGAAAAAUGCCUGGCGCAAGGUAAGUGUUCCUGAGAUGCUAAGACAUGACUAGGUGCCCACCGCGGCAUGGAUUUUCAGAGGCCACUGUUUGCUGGGCUCUAUGUGGUUUCUAUAUUCUGAUGGUCCCCUGGGUCCCUUCCAGCAAUCAGUUUCCAUUUCUAAUGCUGUCUCCCUUCCCCAUCAUCCUCAUUUUAGUCUGGCAAACCUACCUCCUCCACCUUUUCCUAGCUGUUGCCCAAGUUCUUUCCCUGGUGGACUUUGACUGCUUAUGGUUUAGAUCCUCAAACCUUGACCCUCUCCCACCCUGCCCCACACUGCCCCCAGCACUGCUUAGUGCAGAUGCUAAGUCUUACUUCCUGUCUGUGUCUGAGACCCGGUCUCCUUGAGGCUGGGACCAGGCUCCACCCUCACCGGGCUGGAAACCCUAGGAGGGGCUGAAUGAGCUGACCGCCACACCCAUUAGCAAGGCCCUCCUGAGCUCUAGAUCCAGUUUCCUCUAGGAAGGCUGAGCCUCCUUCUCAUCUGACAUUCUCAUGGGCUUGUUUUCUGCUGUCCGGGAGCAACUUUAAUUCAUUUUGAGAAGUAGGGUAGCACAGUGGUUACGCACGAGGACUUGCUUUGGGCCUGAAUGUGAGUUCCUCUGCUUACUGGUUGUGUUACCCUGGGUGAGUUAUUUGAACUCUCUGCCUCCAUUUCCUCAACUGUAAUAAAGCUGUUUUAUGAAUUAAAUGAAUUAAUGCAAGAAAAACAUUUACAUAUACAGGUCAGCAUACAGCCAAAGAUAGCUAUUAUUAUAGGGAGUCUUCUGUUGCUAUUUUUAUCACUGGUAUUAUUAGAGUAGGUCCACUGAUGAACUUGGCCUCCAGUAGAAGGACAUUUCCAAGCCCUUUGGCAUGAACCCACCCACACUUGUGGGCUUUUCACAGACUCCCUGGUUGCCGGGUCAGACAGACAACAAGAACUGGUUUUCUUAAAGGGGUGGGGGCCCCAGGCAGGGUGGAAGCCAUCCUUCUUACUGCUGGAUUACUUACUGAUCAAAUUCAGGAGGGGGAAAUGUUUUCCAUCUAUAUCCCCAUCUCAAGUAGUGGAUACAGACUCCGGCUGGAGUCUGAGAGAUAAGACUAAAGGAAAGAUUUUCCAGCUUCCUGCUGAAUGAGCCACUCUCCUCCCCAGGGAGAAGAGAACCAAGCACUUUCUGGCCAGCGGAAGGAGGUGGAGCCACCCACUAAAGGCGAGGGGAGGGUCAAAAUGAGCUCUUGAGUCUGGAAUUUGGCAAGCAGAGUUGUCCAAAACACAAUUUUCCAUUCCCAGGCGAAGGGAGGCUGAGACGGGAAGGGAGCAAAAAGAGUGUAGAAGUGGAGGCAGCCAGGCAGGUAAUAAUCUCAGGCAGGGGAGGCCUUGGUCGAUGGGCCCCCUCCCCACCCCUAGCCCCACAUCUGGGUCUCAUUACUCUGGCAACACACACAGGUGGAAAAAUGGUCCAGGGACGUGUUUUCCAGAGCAGGAGCAAAAGUCAGAGCCACAGCGCCCUCCCCCACAAUCUUUCCACAUCAGCACUUGGGCAGAAAAAUGAACAGGCAGGCACUCACACACACACACACACACACACACACACACACACACACACAGCCCCUUGAGCCCUGCCUCUGGCACACAGCUCACAGGAGAGGGUCGUUGGGCUGGAGGAUGUUCUGACCAAUAAAAUCUGAUGCAGGUAAAAACCGGGCAGCGGAUUCACUAUUUUGGAUAAUUUCAAUUUCCUCGAACAAACAAAAAGAAAAAUGAAUAAAAUUGGACUUUGUAGAAAUAAAUCAACAUAAAAUCCAUACCAGCAAGGGCUAAUAUCACACACACAUGGUAAAACUGGUUAUUGACUCAAGAUUGAUGGUAGAAGCAUAUUUUCCUGACAUCAGCAGAGCUAGAAAACUGACCCAGGAAAGCUGGACAUGGUGGAAAGUAACUGGUCAGAAGAGAAUAUUCUCAAUGGCAGAAGAUAAAAUUGGUCAAAUUUGGCACAGGCCAAAAAAAAUUGAGGAGGAAAAUCCAAAACUUACAUAGAAAACCACUGUUCCCAAUAGGGGAAAAAAUUCUACCAAAUAAACAUGAAAACAGAAAAGAAGGAAAUCCUUUUUAUUACUUUGUUAAAAAAAAAGUUGAUCAAGGAAUUAAAUUAAGUUAGAUAGAUCAAGGAAUUACAUUUCUGUUCACGCUGGGAAAUUUGUUCCCCAUAAAAAUUCAAAAAUGUAGGUAUAAUACUGAUUCUAAAAAGUUUUGUGUUCUUCAACCCAACGAAUUGAGAUGGUGGGGUCAAAAUGGUGGGUUUAAAACUGGGGUCUUGGGCACCCUAAAAUCAGCUGGUGAGCAAUACCCACCACAUAGGUCCAUUCGCCUGACUCUCAGCCACAGCCCUUCUUCCCAGGCUAGGCAUGCCAGACACCCACACUCGGUGGUAUCUCCCCUCUGCCCCACCUAGGGGGAACAAUGGGUCCACUGUGACCUCACAGGAUUCUGGUGGCCUCACAAUGUCCCCCUGAGGUCACUACAGAGAUAACCUUAGCACCCCCUGCACCUCAGGCACCAGUCUGCCAAGGCCAGCGUAGGUGAUCAUCCUUGGUCCUCUUUCUGGCCACCCAGGGCAAGGCUCGGGCCAGAGCCCUACAGGAAGUCUCUGAGGGAACCAGGAACUGGGGAACCUCCCGCACCGAGGAGCAACCCAGGAGAGACUUCUAGCCGCCAUCCUGGAGGUCUCUGCACCCAGUUCCCUUCACCCACCCCAGGAAGAGAUGCAGAAAGACACUUCGCUGCCACCCCCAUCUGGGCCCUUGGCCUCCAACACUGCCCUGGGGGCAGGCGGGCAGGCCAGCUCAUCUGGACUCCCAAGCAAGAGCGAGACUCGGCGCCGCACCAGCCCCAAUCCCCACCGGAAGCCGAGCAUAUCCAAGGUGAUCCUGGGGUUCGUGGCAGACAAAGGGGCAGGCCACCGCGUGUCCCUGGCCGCCCUGAAGAAGGCUGUUGCCACCAGGGGCUACAACAUGACCCGCAAUGCCUGGCGCUUCAAGCGAGUGCUCAAGGGGCUGGUGGACAAGGGCAUGCUCAAGCAGGUGACAGGCAAGGGGGCCACAGGCUCCUUCCUCAUGGGCAAGAAUCAUGCCUCCAAGUUUAAGCUCAAGGCCAAGAGACGGCGGCAGCGGCGCCAGCGCCGGCCUGGGCAAUGCCAGUCUGGGCAGCGCCGGUUGCUCAGGGGCUCCAAACCGGGGCACAGGCGACCCAUCAAGGGGGUUCGCAGGGCGGCCAAGUGCCGCCGCAGUUAAUCAGGAAGGUUGGGCAAGCAGGCAGGGGUGCCAGGCCCGCCACAGGCUCAGAGCAGUGAGAAUAAAAGGAGCCUAACUUAUUUCA